ACAGUGCUAGAGCUGUGUUUCUGUGUUAUUAGUUAGGUGUCUGUUAAAGAGAUUCUUCAUGUCAAUUAUAUUCUUCAAAUGAUCUGUAGAUUUUUAUGAUUAUUUAUUCAGUCGAGCUGAAUUAUCAGAAAUCUUGAGGAAAUCUUGUAAUCAUCAGAGAUGGCAAAGUCUGCAGGUACCAAGGAUUCUAAUGAACUGGCACAUCUUUUGAAAACAUAUGUAGAGAAAUUAGAGAAGCUGUGUCAUCUUUGCAACAUCAUCCCAAUAUGUGGCUUUCCCAAAAGAAAUAAAGCAAUGAAAAGAAUGGCAGAAUCACUGCUUAAAGUCCAUCAUGAGAAAAGGGGUUCCUAUAGUGUCUCAACAAUACACAAAAUCAUAAAAUCAGGAACAACACUGAUUGAAGACACAAUUGAGAUUUUGGAAGAGGAUCUAGAUCCGGUUCAACCGUGUUCCAUGAGUGGGCCUGAACCGGUCAUAAAUAUUCAUGUUUUCCAGAGCCAAGAAUUGACCAAGCACUAUGAAAAACUUGUAUCAGUUUUCCCAGGAGAAUCAGAAAAAGAUUACAUUUUGAAAAUACUUAAAGAAAUCAUCGAUAAAGAUACCAAGGAUUCUAAUGAACUGGCUCGUCUUUUGAAAACAUAUGUGGAGAAAUUAAAGGAGCUGUGUCAUCUUUGCAACAUCUACCCAAAAAGUGGCUUUCCCAAAAGAAAUAAAGCAAUGAAAAGAAUGGCAGAAUCACUGCUUAAAGUCCAUCAUGAGAAAAGGGGUUCCUAUAGUGUCUCAACAAUACACAAAAUCAUAACAGCAUUGAUUGAAAACACAAUCAAGAUGUUGGAAGAGGAUCUAGAUCCGGUUCAACCGUGUGCCAUGAGUGUUUCAGAAUUGACCAAGCACUACAAAGAACUUGUAUCAGUUUUCCCAGGAAAAUCAAAAAAAGAUAAUUACAUUUUAAACCUACUUAAAGAAAUCAUCGAUAAAGCUUCAAAUACUCAAUGUGUUGAAUUCCCCUUCGAUUGUAAGAGCUGUUCUAAGUUUAAGGAUUCAUCUAAAUGGGAACUGUUUGAACCCUCAGAGAUCUCAGAUGAAGCACAGAUGAUGUACCGAAUGAAUUUGGAAUCAGGCUGUUAUGAGUGCAUGAGAACCGGUCUUCGUGUUGAAUGUUUUGGUGAUGUUCAGCUGAAGUAUCAAACAUGUGACUGGGAUCGUGUUCGUCGUGAUCCAGUAAUGGAGAAUUAUUCACCCUGUGGUUCAUUGAUGAAUGUUAAAGUCAUCUCAGGAGAACUGAAGGCUGUCUAUCUACCUCACUUUCUGUGUUUAGGUGGAUCUAUUGAUGAGGAUAAAGUGAAAGUUCUUCAUGUUGAAGACAGUGGAGUUUCACUGGAGAAAUGUGAGUUAACUCGAUUUCAUGCCAAGCUUCUGAAUAACAACUUUUCUCUAAAAGGUCUUCUGGUGCGGAUGGGCUUUCCUGUGAAUAUUCACUGUCAAACACUGAUCUAUCAGACUAGAAAAACUCAUCUGACACUUCAUGUCUACCUGAUUCCAAAUGAAAAUACAUUGAAAAAGGCUGUUAAUAAAAAAGAGGGUACAAAUUUGUUAAUCGAUAAGCCCAGGCCUGUACACCCACUUCGGAUGAACACCUUGUUUACACAUUCACCACUGAAGAAAUCUGCGCUUCAUCCUGAAAUCACACCUGAGAGUUUACAGCUCACAUACAGUAAGAAUUUCUUUGAAGCAUUCAUUGAAUCACCAAAAGAGGACUUCUCUCUCCAGCUGAUGGCACAGGAAAAUAAUGAAGUUGUAUGGAAAGUCAGUAUACGUAAAGGUGAUUACAAGCAGAUCAUUUCUACAGUUGAUGGACACACAUCAGCUCGUUUAACUGGUACAGGAUCUGUGUCUGAUAUCCUCCUGGAGUGUCUUGAAGAGCUGGAAUCUAAGGAACUGAAAAAAUUUAAGUGGAAUUUGACUAAAGACUUACUUAAGGUGAAAGACAAAAUUCCCAGAAGCAAACUGGAGGACAAAGAAAUAUGGGAUAUUGUGACAUGUAUGAUUGAACAUUAUCAAGUUGAUGGUGCUGUUGAAGUUACUCUGAUGGUUUUAAAAAUGAUGAAACAAAACCAUCUUGCAGAACAAUUGCAGGAGAAGUAUACACAGUUUCAACAGUAACAACAUAAACAAGCGGCGUUCAUGGUCAACACGUAACUUCCGGUUAACUCCGCUACGAAUAAAUAACAACAAAGUACUUUAAACACAGUUCAUUUGUAUAAUAAGCAAAAUAAACAACACGUAGAUUACCUAGAAAACCAAAACAUUUGUUAUUUUCGAUGAGGUAUUUGUUCAAGAGUUCAGUUUAGCAACGAGUCGGACCAUUAAACAAACAGAAACCGGAAGUAAAGUUCGGGCCAGACACGUAUCGGGCUCUAUUUUAACGAUCUGAAACGCAAGUGCGAAGCGCAACGCGCAAGUGAGUUUGUGGGCGGAUCUUGGGCGCUGUUGCUAUUUUCCCGGCGUGAGAAAUAACUCUUGCGCCGGGCGCAAAUCAAUAAGGGGUUGGUCUGAAGUAGGUUCAUUAUUCAUAGGUGUGGUUUGGGCGUAACGUCAAAUAAACCAAUCAGAACGCUAGCCAACAUUCCCUUUAAACGCAAGGGCGCAAGUUCCAUGGCAGGUUGCUAUUAUUAUGACGGAUUUACCAGGCGCACGCCAGGAGCGGUUCACAGCCGAGGAGACCGACGUCCUUGUACGGGGGAAUCCCACGCUUGCCAGCAUAAAUCGGGCACGCCGUGUAACGGGAGGUGGAUCUGCCUCAGGACUUGACGCCAGCAGAGGACAUCGCUGCGUCCACCCUCACCGCUGAAAGGGUUUGGGGGCUUUGAAAUCGGACCCAAGAAACGCAAGCAAGGUCCAACCUAAAAGUACUCUUUCAAAUCAAGUUCAUAUACAUUAAGGUUUCUUAUGAAAACAUUUUAACUAUUAUUUACAUAAAAUAAACGUAAUACAGCCACACAACAAAGUUAUGAAAAUAUUUUAAUCGUUAUUUGCAUGAGAAUAAAUAAAAACUAUCACCACAAUGCUCACCACUAUGAUUCCCCUUAUCUCGUGUAUUAAUAUUUUUAAGUGUAACAAUUUAUGAUUUGCAAAAAUAACUGUUGCAUCUGUGUAGAUUAGAUAAGCAAAGUGUAUGCGCGUUGUGUACGCUAUACAUUAUGGUCAAGCAUGCGCCCUUAAAAUAGCAUAAUGAACCACGCGCAACGCGCCACUGACUUUAGACUAGUUUUUUUUGGUUAGUAGCGCAAUUGUUUUUUGAAACUGCAAAAUAGCAUAAGAGAUGGUUUGCGCCGCAACACGCCUCCUUUUUGCGCUGAACCGCCCAGGGAGCGCAAGUUCAUUCCCUAGUUUGCUGACGUGCAUCUGUGGAGGGAAAAACCCCGCUGUGCGCCGGCGCAAAAUACGAAUGAUACAUGCGUCACUGACAAAGUCAAUUGCGCUGGGUGCAAGAUAGGGCCCAUCAUGUCACUGCAUGUGCGUCCAAUGAAACCGUCUAUAAAGUGUAAAGCUGAAUUUGAAUAACAUGACGAUGAGCACGAACACAAGCAGCCUACAGGUUUCAAUUCCUUUCAAAUCACAGAGAAAACAGAGCUGCAGCACAUAAAACAGACAAGAGCUCAGCAAAUAUGAAGAAAAGAUAAAACACUAAUCAAGAUAAAUAAACAUGGGUGACAAUAAUGAGAAACACAUGGGAAAAAAACAGGGAGAUUCAGGUACUGUAUGUAUUCUAACUGGAUGUAAACAUACAAAAUAAUCAUCUUGUAAAAAUGUAAAGAUUUUUCUUGUGUUUGGUUAAUGUCAAAUAAGAAUAUCUGAGACCUCUUUCAAAUGUGUGUUUUUAUAUUUACUUCAGUAUGACUUUUAUGUUCGCUAUUAAAUUUGACUGACAUUUUGCUAUCCCUGCUUAUAAAACAAGCUUAAACCAAGCCAAGCUAUUGUUCAGCUGGUUUUGUCGGUUGGCCAAAAUUCUUUUAAAACCGGCUUGCUAAACCAGCUGGACGACCAACUAAAAUAAGCUUGUUUUUAUCUGGGGUUUUUCAGUAUAGAA